AUGGCAGCCCAAGAAGAAUCUCCCCAGGCGAGCAGCUUGUCUCUUUUAUCUUUCCAGACAGCGCUUUGCAUCGUCCCGCCUCGACAUCUGUGGCAGGAUAUCGACCGGCUUCGGUCUCUAUACGACCAGGCUUAUGGCAGAUGGCCUCCGCAUAUCAACCUCAUCUACCCCUUUGUACCGACAGAUAGACUACCAGAUGCCUCUAGAUUAAUACAGGAGAAGCUGAACUCUUUAAAGCAAUCGCCUGAGCGCCAGGAUGGUGUCACCAUACAAUCUGGACCUGCAGGCUACUUUCGCAACCGUGGAGGACAUACCGUCCACCUCACUCUGGAGAACGGGACAAGGAACCAGCUCCGUUAUCUUAGAGCCUCGAUUCUAGAAGCACUCGGCCAUGAUGGCAAAGAGGAGCGGGAUUACUGUCCACACCUCACCAUCGGCCAGACAAAGGCAGACGAGGACUUGCGUGACUUUCUACUUGACAAAACCAACAUGCUCCCAGCUGUCCACUGGGACCUUGACCAUCUGGUGAUUCUCCAUCGUGAAAAGGGGUUUGGCGGAAGUUCAGCAAGCAAAAUGGUUAUCUGGGAUGCCGUCGAUCUUUCCGGCAAUAACAUGUCAAAUUCCGAUGAGCUUUCCCAGUUAUAUAGUGGAAUGUCUCUCCAUGGUUUGGGUACGGAUACCGACGAGUCGACAUCGCCUGCUGAGAAAAUGACGACGUACGAAUAUUCGCCUGCCAACUGCUCCUGGUGUCCUAUAACGGAGUCGCCUCUAGAGCCAGUUACUGUGAGAAACAACAACUUCACAAUAUCCACAUAUAAUGUCCUGGCCGAGUUUACCAGGCCCCCUCCACAGGACAGAUAUGAGGCACUAUUCAGAAAUAUUCUCUACACAAACGCAUUGGCAGACGUUCUAGUCCUCCAGGAGGUUUGUGAUAGCUUUCUUCUAUUUCUGCUUUCGCAUAAAGACAUUCAACGUCGAUACCCAUUUGUCACCCAUGGCCCUCCAGGCCAACGGGGGUCUCCUCCCCUCCCUAGUCUCCGGAAUAUCGUCGUCCUUUCUCAGUGGAGGUUUACUUGGACAUGGCUACCGUUUAAUGAACGCCACAAGGGUGCAGCCAUUAUAAAAAUUGAUGAGAUUGGAGAUUUGAAGUCCUCUCUUCCCGCAGUGGUUGUUGCUGUCCACCUAACGUCGGGACUGAGUGAUGCUGCAGUUGACAGUAAAGUGUCACAGAUAAACAGCAUCAUACACUCGCUGGACAGUGAUUAUCACGGCCACCCUAGUGUUAUUGCAGGCGAUUUUAACUUCCCGACUUCACAAGAGGUUAUUGAUGAAGCUCUCAAACAAAACAUGAUUUCCUCAGCUGGUGCUGAGAAAAUAUUAGGAUUCAAUUGCCUACUAUCCAAGGCUCAUUUCAUGGAUGGAUGGGUUGUAGCGGGCGAAGAACCCGGAGACACUGGUUUUGAUAACAUGCUAGGGGUGGGAGAACAGGGAGCGACCUUUGACCCCAUUCUGAACCCGCUUGCAGCUCAAUAUUCGGUCAAGGGCAGGCCUCAUAGGUAUGAUAGAAUCUUUGUUCGUCAAACUGGUAAAACCAGUGUCACGGAUUUCAACUUUUUUGGCCUACGCAAUGAUCUUCAAUGCGAGGAUUUGCGGAUGUCUGAUUUUGCCAGUGACCAUUGGGGCAUAAGAGCCGAUGUUAAAAUUGGCUACACCUCGACAGAGAACAAAGCUAGCGAAACAGUCUCUCAAGAAACUGCACUGCAGUUGACGAGUUUACCAGACGCUCUGUCUUCUUUAGACGAAAUUGUGGCCUGUUUGGAGAACUCCUCCUUGCUUCCUAGCAGCGAAGAUCUCAAGUCUCGAAAAGCAGUCGCCGCUACUCUUGCUCAGAUAUUGACUGAACCCAUCCGUGACUCCAGCGGUAGGGAUAUCAAAACACCACUUGUUUUGAUCCCCGUUGGCUCCUAUGGUCUGGGUACUUGGAGCCCAGAUUCCGAUGUUGACUGUUUGUGUAUCGGUGCCAUUAGCUCUACCACGUUCUUUUCUCUUGCAAUACAGAGGCUGAGAAAAGCGUCAGCCCUGGGGAUUCGUAUCAUGAGAAAGGUCAAGGCUGCAACGGGGAUGAUGCUGGAGCUACAAUCUGGAAAUAUUAAACUCGACCUACAAUACUGCCCGGCCGCAAAUAUUGCUGAAAGAUGGCAGGAAGUCUCUAGGAUUCCCUCAAACGACCCAAUAUUUGACCUGUCGCUUCAUUCCUUGUCGAAACUCCAACCGUACAGGGACCAGGAGUAUAUCAAACGAAUGGUACCAGACAUGAACGUGUUCCGUCUUGCUCACCGGUGUAUUACACAGUGGGCCAAAUCAUCUGGAGUUUACACCUCGAAGUUUGGGUUACUAGGCGGUAUUCAUAUCACCAUGAUGCUUUCACGGCUUCACCAACUUCUGCAUGGAAAGGUUGGACGAGUUACAAUUCCGGAGCUAGUCGCCAUGUUCUUCCACCAUUAUGCGCAUUUUGACUGGAAGAACAGCAUGGUAGUAAGCCCUGGAGUGCAGUCGAGGUAUCGUCGGUCAAUGAGAGAACCAAUGGUGAUUCUAACGGUUCAUGUCCCCACAGUCAAUGUCGCUAGAGCUGUGACUGCACAUUCUCUAAGGACUAUUGCCUCUGCAUUUAAACGUGCAGAAGAGCUUCUGGCUGAAAAUGGAGCAAGAUGGUCUAAUAUUUUGCGCGAUACAAGUAUCAGCCACAAUAAAGAAACGGGCGCUGAAAAGUUCCUGGGAGCUCACAACAGUUAUAUCAAGGUCAAUGUACAGUACUGGGGGCCUUCUCCGACCCAGGCCAGUUCGCUCGUUGGCUGGAUCGAGUCCAGGUUCUUCCGUCUACUUAACGAUCUCGAUAGGCAAGUCCCAGGUGUUUAUGGGCGAAUCUGGCCUGCUAGAUUCACGUCCAAAGAUAGUCCUGAUAGCCCGGAUGAUGGAGAGACAGAGUACCAAGGUUGCUACCUGGUGGGACUUGAACGACUAGCAGAUGCCGUGAAUACGGGAGCUGAUAAAGAGGAACGCCUUCAAACCUUACAUGCUACUAUAACCCGGUUUACAGCUAGUUUACACGAAGAGUCGAAGUACUUUGACCCCACUGUCUGUUGGAUUGACGCCACACACGUCAAACAAGCUGAAGUAGGAGAACUUAAACUCGAUUUAAGGAACUGGGGAGGGCAAGAUGGCGUGGACCAGAUGGUAUCAGAUUUUUCGGAAGAUGAUGACGAAGAGGAUGAUCUCGAUGGCGAGAACGAAGCGAGAGAUACACUGCUUGGGGAGGCCCAUGCUGGCGGUAAAUCAAAAUUACACUCCAGGAAUACGCCGUUGCCAUCCAAACCGACUGGCGCCAACAAACUUCGACCGGCUGCAGAUGUCAUCAGUCGUCUGCGUUGGGACCCCAAGAUUGACUUUGGAGAUUUCCUGGUAGGCUAUGAGGACCGCUUCUUAGGCGUAAAAGAGAUGCCUCUUUCGAGAUGGAAGUCAGAGCAGACGGACGAAGAGUUCAUCCCUCAACACCGGAUCGUCUAUUUCAAAAGGAAAAGUGACGGAAGACGGGUCUGGGACAGGGAAACAAAGAAAGAUGAGAUUUUCGGGAGUGGAGUUGGUGGAUGUGACUGA